UGCUUUUCUUCGGAAACCGGACAUUUGUAGGUGGGUCUUUAGUCUUUGCUGUUUGUCGAACUGCUCUUUUUCCUUUUGUUCGUCUCUCGAUCACACACUUAAAGCUGCAGGAAAGUAAACACUGAUCAAAUGGCUUUUUAUCAGCAACAGCCGUUUUACAACCCGAGAAUCCCAUUCAGUGGGCAAAUCCAGGGUGGCCUGCAGGACGGCAAGAGCAUUAUCAUAAGUGGGCGGGUUUUACCAGGAGCUAACAGAUUUCAUGUGAACCUUCAGUGUGGUUCUCAUUCCGGGGCUGAUAUUGCUCUGCAUUUUAACCCACGCUAUGAGAGCCCUGGGUAUGUAGUGCACAACACCUGCCAGAGCAGGAACUGGGGCUCAGAGGAGCGCAAAUAUGAAUCUCCCUUCCCCCAAGGCCAAACAUUCACCCUCCAGAUCCUUGUCGAGCAGGACAAAUACAAGAUAUCUACUAAUGGGAGACACUUCAUGGACUAUAGACACCGUGUUCCAUACACUCAGGUGGACACCGUCUCAGUGGAUGGAAUGGUGGAGUUGAACUCUAUUGCCUUCCAGAAUCCUGCGCCCUAUUUACCUCCACAACCAGCCUUUCCAGGUUAUAUCGCACCUCAAGCAGGGUAUCAGCCUCAGUAUGCUAUGCCUCCAGGAUGUGGGUUCCCGGCAUACCCGUCUGCACCCAAUUAUACUAUCCCUUACAAAACCGUCAUCAAUGGUGGACUUUACCCUGGCAAAAACAUUGUCAUCAAUGGAGUUAUCAAUCCCAAUGCUAGCAGAAUAACAUUCAACCUGCGCUACAGAAGUGGGAUCGCAUUUCACUAUAAUCCUCGUUUUGAUGAGAAAGUGGUUGUGCGCAACACCAAUCAGAUGGAGAAUUGGGGUCCGGAGGAACGGUCUGGAGGCUUGCCCUUUCAAAAAGGACAACCUUUUCAGGUCACCAUCUCCUGCAACCCCCAUCAUUACAAUGUGUUUGUCAACGGGAAACAAGCACACACUUACAAACAUCGCUUCACAAUGCUGCACGAAAUUGAUAUUUUGGAGAUUUGCGGAGAUCUGCAGCUGAGUUUAGUGCAGGCUUAACAGGGAUCUGUGACAUUUCAUUUAUAAGUCACUUUUUAAAGAAAGAUAAGGGAAGGAAUUAAAUCGAUAAGAAGUCGAAUUGCUUUCAAAUACAGAAAAAUGGCUGAGUGUAAACAUGAACAGCACUGUGAUUUUGCUAAUUUGAAUGAACAUAAAUCCUUUUUUGUUAUGUUUGGCUUUCUGUAGUAUUAUUUAGCAGGAUAUGUUUUAUAUAUGGUAUAUAAGGCCUAUGGUAUAUAGUGUUGAUUGCGCAGUGGAUAAGACACAUGCCUUUGGUGUGAGAGACCUGGGUUUCGAAUCCACCGUGAGACACCAAUGUGUCCCUGAGCAAGACACUUAACCCCUAGUUGCUCCAGAGGCGUGCGACCUCUGACAUAUAUAGCAAUUGUAAGUCGCUUUAAGCGUCAGCUAAAUGAAUGAAUGAAUAAAAAUAUUUCUAUAUAGCCAUCUUGAAACUCAUCAAUCUUGCUGCAUGUUUAAACUAAUACACAAAAAACUGCAUAUUAUAAUAAUAUAUAAGCCUAUAUUAUAAUCAAAUUAAUAUACCUUAUACAUCUGCUUUUUUUAUUAUUUUUCAUAGUGUAUAAAUAUCCUUACUGUCUCUGUUUAUAUCACAAUGAAGUCACUGUGAAACAGUAGAGAUCCAUCAGAAGAUCACUGUGGUCUUUUAUUACUGUAAACUUCAAUAUAUGUGUAAAAACAAUAAAGUUUUUUAUUCAGUUUUCUUGACACUUA